AGUGAAAGUGAAUCUUUUAGCUGGUGACGAAGAAAAGCCUUUCCCGAACGUGGCUUUGCACAAAAUACGAUUAAAAAGCCAAAGCUGACUUCAAAUCUACAUCUAAAUGUGAAUUACCUCCUAAUUUCUGUCGUUGCGCACUAUUACCUGGAGCUGAUUAGAGGAUAUUUCGACCUGGAGUUACAGCACGAUGGGUUCGAUGACCAUAAAGACAUGCUUUGUGUUUGCUCUGGCUUCACUGUGCGGAGCCGCACCUGUUUCAGAUCCCCUGGUGGUCCUGGUCAGGUCUUCUGUCUCAGUGCACUUCGGCAACGAUACCACGUUACCAUGCUGGCUCAAUCCUCCACAAAAUGCGGAGGGCCUGGAGGUACGUUGGUACCGCAGUGGUCACUACGACAGCCCGAUCAUGCUUUACAGGGCGAAGAAGUUCCAGAAUGUAUCCCAGGAAGCUUCAUACGUGGGCCGGAUCUCGUUUGGCUUAAAGGACUCAUCGUCUGGAGGUCUGAAGGGAGGUGAUGUGAGCCUGAAGCUGGAAAAUACCAGACUUCAGGAUGCGGGAGUUUACAGUUGUUAUGUGAGCAGUGAUCAGGGUUAUGACAGUGCGACCAUCAGUCUCAGUGUGACAAAUACGGGAACCCUACCUCUUCUGUCAGUAGUGUGGCAAGAAGAUAACAUGGUGAAUGUGAGCUGUGAGUCUGGAGGCUGGUAUCCAGAACCUAGUCUGCGCUGGUUGCAUCAAGGGAAGGUUCUCAGCCCGAAAAGUCUGAAAAAUAGCAAAGACUCUUCUGGUCUUAUGUCAGUCCACAGCUGGCUUCUCGUCUCCAGCCCCUCAGAGGUUUCCUGCUCAGUAGGUCUCUCUGAUAAAGACACAAAGGAGGCAAAAGUACGCCUGGAAAACAUUUCCACACCUGCUAAACAGGAGUCUGGAUCCUCAGCGGGUGGAUGGGUGGCCUUCGCUCUACUCCUCAUAGCCGUGUUAGCUGGACUUGGACUGUUUUUCUUCAAAAACAGAUGCAAAUAUUCGAUUUUCGGUAAAUCAGGAGGUGACCAAACUGAUGAGACUGACAAUCUUUUACCACAAGAGGUGAUCCAGUCAACAGAUCUAUCAACCGCCAAGAUGCAUUAUGAAAAUGUUAAACUUGCCAAGACAGUAAAUGAUUAUCUCAAAAUCAAGGAUUGUAUGCUGAGAGACGUCCCACUUAAGGAUUUUCCUGACGGAAAAAAGGUUACCUGUCUCACAGCGAUCAAAGGAACACCUAGCUUCUCUUCUGGACAACACUACUGGGAGGUAUCUUUGGGGAAUGCCAGUAUACGCCCCAAAGAGUCUUGGUGGCUUGGAGUUACGAGUGCAACUGCCUUCCCUGAGAAGUCAGAUUUUACUCCAACUGCCUCUAAUGGUUUCUGGUUCCUGUCCUCUUCCCCUGACAGUGCAGAUCACUUUCAGUUUAGCACAGAACCAAAGGUUUUACUGCCUGUUUCUUCAAGACCGCUGACGGUUGGUGUGUAUUUGGAUUAUGACAGAGGAGAGCUUUCCUUUUAUAAUGUGGAACAGGAGAGGCUCAUUGGAUCUUUAACAGCUAAGUUCACAGGUGAAGUUUUCCCACUUUUCAAUCCUGGUAAAAACGACAAAGGACCUAUGACGUUAAUACAGAGGACAGAAGAGGGUCCGUCUACUGACAUGGGGAACUCUGUAGAAUCAGCAGCUCCAUAGACUGAAUCUAAAUCUGAACAGAAG